AUGACAGGCCACACCAUCGUCGUCGGCACCUCUCUCUCCAAGCUCACCCCCCAAGGCACCGUCGGCGACGGCUUUGACGUCCAUGUCGCGAUCGGCAUCACCAAGAGCGGUGCACAACCGUCUGACAAGGCCAAACCCCAGCACGCCGUCAGCGAGUUGACCGCAAGGACAGUUUGUCAUACCGUACUGAUGGCGAUUUCGCUGGUUUCUGCCUGUCACGAACUGACUAUUGCAAACAUGGACGAGAAGACAAAAGCCGGUACGGACCUCGCUCAACUCGAACGACAGUGGCAGAUGCUGGUCUACGAAAUGGCCUGGAAGACAUGCACCAAAGACGGUCGAAUGAAGAUGGGCCACAACGUCGAAUUCUCAAAGCUGACUACUUGCCGGGCGUUUGAUAAAGCUGUCGGGCUGCAAUCAGCCCAUCCCAAGGCCUUUCUCAGCUUCCUGCGCCUUCGCUACAAGGUCCGUCCGAAUCCUCUGCUGAGCCCAAAGGUCUUGACCGAUGUGCGUGCAUGGGGCACCAACUCGGCCAAGAGGAUCAAACAGUGGGUCGCUGAAGAGCCAGAAAAGAGAGAUGUGGUCGAGUAUAUUGAGCAAGUGAAUGAUCCAUACGUGACAUUCUUUCUGGCUCGCGGUGCCAUUAAGGAGGCAUUAAAGAGUCAAAAGGAUUGA